UUGGAUGGCUCGUUGGCGCUAGUAGUGGUGGAAGAACCCGUCGUGAGAGAGCAGAGUAUCAGUAUCCUGCCUUGAGCAUCGAAAAUAUCGCGUCGGGGACGAUGAACUUCGUCAGCAACGACGUUGUUCCAAUCCACUAGAUACACAAAACUCUUAAUGGUGCUGUGCAAUUAGCAAAUAGAUUCAAUCAAAAUUAUGUCAAGUGACAGCGAAAAACUGCUCAAACCUUCCAAAAGGCUGAAGCCUAUUCUCUAUGAUAGUGAUAGCAGUGAUAGUUCUUUUAUAAACAGAAACCGUAGUAAGAGACGAGUUCGUAGAGUAAUAAGUGAGAGGGAAAGCAGUGAUGACGACAGUGAUAUCCCUAUGAGACCUGUGAGAAAGGUGAUGAAAAAGCUUGUCAGUGAUGAAGACUCUACAUCUGACAGCUUAACAGCUGGUGUGAAUGAGGCUCACAAUUUUGAUAGUGGCAGUACAAGUUCAGAGUGGCAGUCUGAUUGGGAAAGUAUGGAAGAGUCUGAGUCAGAAGUAAUCAACAGAAACAAGAGCAAGCGCAAGAAAGCAACUAUAAACACAUCAAGUGAUUCCGAUUCUAGUGACGAGAAUACUGCCAAAUGUCCAAUUUGUUUGCUCAGCUUUCGUAAACAGGAGAUCGGCAAUCCCGCCGUCUGCGAGCAUUGCUUUUGCUUGGAGUGCCUCGUCGAAUGGAGCAAAAAUGUCAAUACUUGUCCUGUCGAUCGCAUAGCUUUUGAUGUCAUCAAUGUACGGACAAGAGUUGAUGGAAGUAUUAUACGACAUGUGCCAGUCCAAGUUAGAAGUUCAACUGAAGAAAUAGUUCACGAAGAUCCAACAUAUUGCGAGGUGUGUCAGAGAUGCGAUCGAGAAGACAGAAUGCUUCUCUGCGACGGCUGUGACGGUGGCUAUCACCUCGAAUGCUUAGAUCCACCAAUGGAAGAAGUUCCUAUGGAUGAUUACUGGUUUUGCCCCGAGUGUGCUCAUAAUACACAAGACGAGGCGGAAGUAAUUGAAAUCGAUCUUAAUGAAGUGCCAGACCUUAUGGAAGAGGCUCGUAGUCUUGGUCUGUCAUACGGACGUUCCCAUACAUACGCCCUGUCGACUGCGGUAGAUCGUCUCAGACGUCAUCUCAUACCGCGUACCCGUCAAAGUGAACGUGUUCGCGAGACUGUACGUACGCGUCGAGCAGUCGCCGCGUCGUUGUUGUCAAAUCCGCAGCCGUUGUCGUCAGAUUUUAAUUCGAUAAGCGAAUAUUUGGGACCAGGGCCGUCGCGCGUCCGUGCCGCGAAACCACGACGAACUACGAGUAAGAAAAAGACUGGAAGAAAGAGUAAAAGAUCAGUGACGUCUCGAUACAGUAAAGAAAUGCGCAAAGUGAAGAUAGAAGAAAUCAAUACUGACGGUGAAAUCGAGGAAAUUGUCACUUAUGUGAGGGCUGGUAAUAACGAGGCUGCUGCUACCAGAUGCAGAAAAAAGAAGCGUAAGAAGAGGAAGAAGCAGUCUCGUUGUCGGACCGUAGCUUCAAUGAAGACGACAAAAAGGCGUUUGGUCACCAAGCUGGGUAUCGCUCGGGUCGGCACUGCUACGCAGUUGUCGCCAACGUUGAAAAACGAGCCCGAGCGUCCAAAUCCCAAUGUUGCGUUGCGUAUCUCUCGAAAUAACGCUGGUAUCGCACCACUCAGCCUGUUUGGCUCGGGACUUGGACUUGACUACAGUCCACCGGGGUCAGACAACGAGUACGAAGACCAAUCAACGGACGGAGUAGGCCUGUUGUCUCGAGUUGUACGUCGACCAAUGAGUAUUCGUCGUCGCGCCGUCAUCAAAGCCGGUCUCAUCGGUAGUUCACCAACAACAACUGACCUACUAGGUGACAUUCUCAGCAGUCAAGAAAUCUGGCAUUCCAACAGAUCCAAGAUUGAACUGAAGAACGACGGUAGCAUUAAAGUCGUCAAGCCCGAAGUCAAUAACAACAGCAGCAAGAGCCCCAUCAAGAAAGACGACAAGCCGUUGAAUUUGAACAACGUCGAUCCCAACAAUCUCAUUCAGCAAGCACCCAUGUACAACAAUCCCCGCGGUGGUAAUCGGGGCGGCGGUGGCAAUUACCGCGGAGGUCCUGGUGGUAACUAUCGCGAGAGCACGCGUCACAGUCACGGAGGAGCUGGCGGAAACUACAACUCUAGUGGUGGUGGCGGUGGCGGUGGGAACUACGGUUCCGGGGGAGGAAGAGAUUCGUACUCUCGACACAGCUUCGGCGGUACAAGUAACCUUCCUCAGGACUACUCGCAAACUGGUCCGCACUUCCAGCACCCACCACCGAUGAUGCGCCAACAGCAGCCUCCGUACCGCAGAGAUAACAGAGACGGCAGAGACGAGAGAAAUCAGCAGCAGCAAGGCAACGAUCAACGCAGAUUUGGCAAUCAGCAGCAGUCGCAAGGGUUUAUAAGGCCGCCACCUCCGCCGCCAUUAUCGCACAGAAUGCCAGGUCCACCGCCGAUGCAGCAGCCGCUCGACAUGCACAGAUCGUCGCAAAAAUUUCACGAAGAGGACGAUGGCAUGUACGACGACCUGCCCGAAAGGUCGAACAACGACGAUGACGUUGGUCUUUGCCCACCGCCCGAGCCACCGGAGGGCCUCAUGGAUUUUGACGAGAGCGAGCGUGGUAACGACAGUGACAGAGAGGAGGAUCUGGUGAUCGACGAUACGCCAAAAGAGCAACCUGCCAGUGGCGGCGGUCAAGUCAGCGCUGACAAGUACGAUCCUUUCGCUGACAUGGACAGCGACAGCGACGACGAAGGCGGUAAUGCUGCUGCACAGGCGGCGAAAAAGGCGAGCACGAGUGUACCGCCGCUCAUGCCGCCUCCAGGAUUCUCGAGUUUCCCCGAUCUCAAGGGCGACGACAACGAGUCGAUGCUCGGCGAUGGCGCAUCCAUGAUGGGAGAUAGCGCGUCGAUGAUGGGCGAUAAUGCGUCGAUGAUCGGCGAUAGCGCGUCGAUGAUGGGCGACGGUGCCUCGAUCAUAGGCGACAACGUCUCUGUGGCCGACGACGAGGACUUCCGCAAUAGUCGACCGCUGCAGCCACCACCAGGAAUGUUCGACUUUCCCGAUGAGGAAAACAAAAAGAGUAGCAAAAAAAAGGAAGAGCCAGCACGCAAGACUGAGCAACCGAGGAUUCGACUGACAGCUUACGACGAUGACGACGACGAAGAGGACGAAGAUUCGGACGAUGGUUGUCCCAACUUCUCAAUUUACUCGUCGGAAACUAUGGUCGUUGCCAGAAACACUGAGAAAGAGAUGGCGUCACAGGUGGCGCCGCUCGAGCCACCUCCGAUGCCUUUUGGCAUGUCCGAGGACGAUUUGAGAAGCAGAGCUGGUAGUCCGCCACCUCUCGAGCCGCCGCCGAUGUUCGAUAUGGAAGACGAGAUGCAAAGCAAAGCUGGCAGUCCGCCGCCGCUCGAGCCACCGCCGAUGCCAUUCGAACUCGACGAGUUGCAAAGUAAGGCUGGAAGCCCACCUCCGUUGGAACCGCCGCCGAUGCCCUUUGGCAUGGAAGACGAGUUGGCGAGCAAAGCUGGAAGUCCGCCUCCGCUGGAACCACCGCCGAUGCCCUUUGGCAUGGAAGAGGAUAUGGCAAGUAAGGCUGGUAGUCCGCCACCGCUCGAACCUCCUCCAAUGCCUUUCGGCAUGGAAGACGACUUGGCGAGUAAAGCUGGUAGUCCGCCUCCGCUAGAACCACCGCCGAUGCCCUUCGGCAUGGAAGAGGAUAUGGCAAGUAAGGCUGGAAGUCCUCCACCGCUCGAACCACCUCCAAUGCCUUUCGGCAUGGAAGACGACUUGGCGAGUAAAGCUGGUAGUCCGCCACCUUUCGAACCGCCUCUAAUGCCAAUGAUUGACGACGACUUGGGCGAUAAAGAACUGGAGCACCCAUCAAGGCCUUCACUCGCUAUGACCGAGUCGGCUCCGAAAAUCAAAAUUCUUCCCCAAAUAAAGCCACUUGUGCCACCGCCUACGCCGCCGGUAGCGCCAUUGGAACCACCGCCAACUCCCCCACCAGUUCAGGCAUUCGAUCCAACAAUGCCACCGCCAACCACGUCGAUGUUACCUCCACCAUCUAUGUCUAUGCCUCCACCAAACAUCACUAUGCCUCCACCGAAUGUCACUAUGCCUCCGCCGAAUGUCACUAUGCCUCCGCCGAAUGUCUCUAUACCUCCACCGAGUGUCGCUAUGCCUCUGCCAGCUACGUCAACUCUCCCGGUUAUACAACCCCUGAUUGCUCCGCCGAUUGUCCAAUCUCUCAUGCCUCCGCCAGUCGUACAACCUAUCGCACCUCCGCCGGUUGUACAACCUAUCGUAGCUCCAUCAGUGACAACUUUGACUACGCCAUUGAUGCCGCCACCAAUUCCGCCAAUAGACGAAUUGUCCCUUGAAGUUGAUGAGGACAGUCCUCUUGAACCACCACCAGCUCCACCGAGUAUUCUCGGUGACGACGAGGAUGGAAUGUCUGUGAGAAGUAGCGCUGACGAGAGCGAUGAGUCGGGUGAAGAAAUCGAAGAAGAGACUAUCGACGAAGGCGGUCCGGUGAUUGGACCCAAGAAUCGUCAGCGAAAGAAAUCAACGUCUAAAAAGAAGGAGGAAGAAGCUGCGCCUGCUGCGACUGAAGGCGAAGAUGGCGAGGAGGAAGAGCACAAGGAGGAAUAUCUCGAUGCCCUGCAGAAAGAGAGGCAAAAUAUGAACAAGGGUAAAAUUCAAUUGGAUACCAGAGGCAAGAUCACUUUUAAGAUAGGUAAUGUCAGUAGGUUGAAUAAGGUGAAUUUGUAUGAUGACGUUGAUGAGAGCGAAGUGUCGCACAUGAAACUUGACAUUGCCGAGAUGGAAAGGGAGCGAGAAUUGGAGCGGGAACAGGAAAAGGAGAAAAAAGAUAAAACCAAGGAUAAAGACAAAGAUAAAGACAAGGACAAGGACAAAGAUAAGGAUAAAGAUAAAGAAAGAGACAGAGAGAAGGUAAAAGACAGGGAUAAGGAGAAAGUCAGGGACAAAGACAAAAGUAGGGAUAAAGAGAAGGAUAGAGAUAAAGAAAAAGACAGAGAGAAAGAAAAGGACAGAGACAAAGACAAGGAUAGAGACAAAGAAAAGGACAAAGACAGAGAUAAAGACAGAGACAAGGAUCGAGAUAAGGAUAGGGAUAAAAGAAGAUCACCAGAUAAAGACAAGUAUCGUCAUGAGAAAGAUUCUCGUUCACGCCGCGAUCGAGACCGUGACGACAAAAAGUCUCGCAGUAGUCGUAAGUCGCCCAAACGACAAGAAAUCAAAAAGACUACUACUGGCAUAACUUCAGGAUGGGACAUUAAGCCAGCUUAUGUAUCCUCGUCUUCGUCUGCCUCUGUUUCUCGCAGCGGAUCGAGCAGCGAAUCAGAGGACGAAAGUCUAGCUCGCAAAAGUAGUACCGCUACAAAGAAACCUGCUAUUAUUGAUUCGAAAGCCGUGAGAAUCGACUUAUCAGAGUUAGAAAAGACUCUAGGCAAGAAACUCGGCGAAUUGGACGAAGCCAAAAAACCGCAGGAUGUCGAAAUUGUGACAAUCCAGGACGACACGGAAUACAGUAAAACGAAAGACGAUGAUUUGGAAAUUGUUAACGUGUAUGUACAAAAAGAAGAUCGAGAAAAGGAAAAGGAGCGAGAGAAGGAGAAGGAGCGAGAGAAGGAAAAAGAGCGAGAGAAGGAGAAGGAGCGAGAGAAGGAAAAGGAGCGAGAGAAGGAAAGGGAUCGAGAAAAAGAGAAGGAACGAGAAAAAGAAAAGGAACGAGAGAAAGAAAAGGAACGAGAAAAGGAGAGGGAGCAAGAAAAAGAGAAAGAAUCUGCGAAAAUUCUUCCAAAAGUGAAUAGUCUUCUUGAAGAAAUUGAGAAGACCUGCGAGGUUCAACUAAUGAUGAAACCAAGUCCUAUUGAAGAACCACCAACACCGAUCGUCGAAAGAGAACCCGAAGAAAAGAUUAUAGAAUCGGAGAAAGAUGACGAUGCCAUGAGUAUUUCUGACGGGGAAAAGGAGGAUGAAGAAGAUGACGACGAUUUGGAGAGCGCCGAGAUGAUCAAGUCCAUGGAAAAGUCGAUGGAAUCGAUGGAUAUGAUGCUAGAACAAAUGAAAGAUGCUGAGCGAGAAUUAGAGGAAGAGCUUGUUGCUCAAGUCACGGAAGAAACUACUAAAACGAGAAAAGUAGAUGACGAAAAAGAAGAAGAAGAAGAAGAAGAAGAAGAAGAGGAGGAGGAGGAUGAAGAUGAAGAUGAAGCAGAAGUGGCGAAAGAGGAGCAAGAGCUGAUUCAAAAAGAACUCGAGAAGAAAAUCGACGAGAAGAAAAAAGAGAAAGAUAACGAAAAGAAAAAAGAUCCAGAACCUGAGCCGCCUAAAGAGACGGUUGCGCCCUUAGUUUCCAUCGUACUCGACGAAGAGGACGACGAGGAACCUCAACCUCGCAGACGAACAAGUCCAAUAAGGAUUCGUCGAUUGGCAACUGAAGAGCGCGCUCGUGACUGGGAGACCGAGGGUAUGUACACUCCUUGUCAAGACGAAAUGACUCAAGACAAACGUGCUGCCCUCUUGGCGAAUGAUUUGGAGCCAAUCACGCCUAUCGCUAAACGUAUGGCCGAUGGCCUUGACGGCAUACGCACACCAGCUGGAUACGCUGGUCUAGGCACAGAAGCAAUUUCUGAGACUGACGAGACUAUGAAUUUCGAAGACGAAUUGGCUCUGCUGUCUAUACGUGGAGGGCUGUCGAGGACAGACGUCGAGGAAGGCGAAAUUCCCGAGCUUGGACCUAGAAAGCGAGCCCUGUUACUGGCUGCCAAAGCAAGAGCAGAGGAGGAAGGCAAACGUAAGAAGAAGAAGGAGAAGAAAAAAGAUAGCAAUAAAGAAGCCGAGAAAGAGAAUAUCGACUCGGAAAAUAAUUUACAGGCAAGCUCGUGGAAGAAGACUACGAAAACGGUUGCCAAGGAACGACAAUACAGAGAAAAACGUUCAAAGUCGAAGGAUGCCAAGACGAAAAAGAAGAAGGACAAGGAUGCUUCAAAAAAGAAAGAAAAACGUAAGGAGUUACCGCGCUACGACGUGAGAAAACUGGUUGCCGAGAAGCCAAGGGAUCGCAAAGACGAGUACGGUCGUGACAUUCGACCUCGAAGUAGUUCUCGUAGUCGGUCGCUAAGCCUUUCGCGCGAUCGAUCACUGUCCUACGAGAGACGAACUCGAUCGAUAACUCCGCGUCGCAGGGUGAUCUCGAGAAGCAGAUCGAGAUCGUAUUCGCGAGAACGAGGCAGACGCUCGCGCAGUCGAGAGUAUCGCUCGGUGUCGCGACGCAGAUCAUUGUCACCGAGAGGUAGACGUGCCGAGAAAACAGUUCGGCGAAGGUCACUGUCGAGAGGCAGAGCGAGAAGUCGCACUCCCAGGCGGCGAUCGCUCAGUCCACGCAAGAAGACUCGUGGCAGAUCUGCGAAAAGAAAACACAGAUCGAGAACGAGGUCGCGAUCGCGCUCUAGCUCCAGGUCACACUCCAGACGGAAGGACAGGAAAAAGCAGCACGUCGAGAGAUCACGUUCAAGAGUUCGCAAACGCUCGAGGUCUAAGAGUCGCAAACGCUCGAAGAGCAGGAAAAAGCACGCGAAGCGUAGAUCCAGAUCUAGAUCGCGAGAGUAUGAGGCGGCCGAGCAGUUCAUCAGAGAGGCCAAUUGGGGCGCAAAUCAAGUUCACUGGGCACCGUCGUGGUCGAGGUCAAGAUCAAGAUCGAAGACUCCGCCGCUCGCCCUUAUGCCGGAAAUCGGAAGAGCGAGGAAUUGGUCUCCUCCGGGACUGCUCAAUGUUAGCAGUGUGCCGUCAAAGAAUCUUAAAGUGAUCCUUCAAAAUAAAGAUGCGAUCAAGAAGAAAAAGAAGGAGAAGCGCAAAGAGGGCAAGAAAAAGGAACUGGAGAAAAAGAGAAAAAACAAGAAGGGCCGCAGUCCACCGCCCACCAAAGAAGUAUUUACCAGUGGUGACAAUAUCCUUGUCAGCGUGUGCUUUAACAAGGACAACGAGGUGCAACAGGUGACUCCCGAGCUACCUGAGACUAUACCACUCUUGCCACAAUUAAAACGCAGGCGAAGGGAACCUUUGCAGUUGGAACCGCCAGUGGUUCAGCCGCCAGCGAAGAAGUCCAAGAAAGACAAAUCCAAGGAGAAGGCUGCGUCAGCCGCGAUAGCGAGAGCAAAGUCUCCGGCCGUCGUCAAGGUAUCGAAAAAGAAAGAAAAGAAAAAGUCCAAGGCCGCCGAAAUAGCCGCCUCGAAAAAGCCAAUGGCGGUGAUCGAUCUCGACCAGUCGCCCUUCCGCGAACAGACUCCCUCGCCACGCGACGUCAUCGUACUCGACAGCGACGAGGACGAGCUGGAGAAACAGGCGCGCGCUGCCGCUGCUGCUAUGGAGAUCGGCACACCCGAGCAACCGCAAGAGUCGCAUACACCUGCCAGACCUGAUCCUACAUUCCAGCAGGGACCCAAAACUCCGCCGGAACCACAGGUCAAGUUCUCGAUUGCGAAUAAACAGAGCAGUUUGAGGACGACCUUGGUCAAUCCACUGCUCGAGGACGAAGAAGAGGAUCUAGAGCCUGCUAAUAUGAGCAUGACAGCCGAGAUGGCUGAACUCAUGGACGAGCAAGCAGAAGAAGAAUUGGAGUUGAGGGCACAAGAAGAACUGGAGAAUCGUAUGAAGGUUGGACCCAACACUCCGCCAGAGCCACCCACCUCGCCGCCUACUUCGCCCGAUGCCUACGAUCCGUUCGACCCAACCAAAUCACGUUCACCAACACCCGAACCCAUCAGCCAAGAGGAUGCCAAUACGGGGAAACAGGCCGGUAGUUCACCACUCGAACCACCGACUGAUCAAGUCACAUCCGAAGGUGCCUCGCAGGAAGAUCAGACGCAGCCACAAGAGACUGCCAAAGUUGUUUCCGACAAACCUAAGAUCAUCUCGAUGGUUACCAUUAAGAAACCCUCGCCCGUCACCAAUACUCCGCCGCUAAACGACUCGAACGAUCAAGACAAGAAAGACGAUACGAUUAUCAUUGCCGCGCAGACGACCAUCACUCAGACAACCACGCAAACGGUGCCUACCUCGCAGAUCAAUCCAUUCCCGCAGAAUAUGAAUCCCGUGCUGGCCACUGUUGCUGCUGCUGUGCAGAGAAAUAUGUUCAAUACCGCUACGCAACUUGUCACACCAAGGAAUUUGCUGACGACUAACACGCUCCUGCAAAACACACAGAAGCAGCUACCUCGACCAACCUUGCCUAAUAUCUUCGCCAACUCAGUACCAAAGCCACCACCAACUCGUACUCUACCAAACAAGAUACAGUCGAAGAAUAUAUCUAUGCUUGGUCAGAAUGGUAGUGAUGCUAAUCUCGAAAUCACUACUGAUAACAUCGACAUGUCUUCGCCAUAUUCUCCUGGUUCAAGUCUUAGCGAUGGAUUAUUCGAUCCACCGAGUCCUGCAUUCAUUAGCUCACCCAACGUCGCAUUGUCAACCAAAAUACAGAAGAAUCGACAGAAGAAGGAUGAUUUUGAUUCUCUCUUUGAUGCCUCUCCCAUUGUACACAGAAGCUCUACUAGGUCCAAGAAUGUAAAGAAACAGCAAGAGAAAGAUAAGAAGAGAAAGGGUACCCAUUCUAAAAUUGGAGUGCGCAUGGAUGAGAAUCAACUACAAAUUUUGGAUGAUCUUCCAAGUAGUGCUGUAGAGAUGCAAGUCAAGGAUAAGUUUUUGAAGAAACUUAACCGCCAAGAAAGGGUCGUUGAAGAAGUUAAACUAGUAUUAAAGCCGCAUUAUACUAAGAAACACGUAACAAAAGAAGAGUACAAGGAUAUUAUGCGGAAGGCUGUUCCAAAGAUUUGUCACAACAAGUCGGGCGAAAUUAACCCGAAGAAAAUCGCCGCACUCAUCGAGGCCUACGUGAAGAAAGUCCGGAGUAAAAAGAAACUCAUGGGAGGUUCUGCGGGAACGAUAAAUAACGUGAAAUCUGUAAAAAAGAUGUGGGGUUGAUCGGUUCAUGGGACAAGCCUGAAGUUAAUACUCGAGAACGAGGCGUUAGACCAAUUGUAGAUGUCAAAUCGUACCCAAAAAAAAUGAAACUGACAAUGAAAAACUUUGCCGUGCGGUAAGUGUCGUUAUGAAACGAAUAAUGUGUGCGAAUCGUAUCACGACAAGUGUAACGUCGGCCGAACAAUGUGUAUUGUAUGUACAUAAUUGAACUGAGUUAAAUGCGCAAUAAUUUUUAUUUAAAAACAAUCCAAGUACAAGGCUACUUGUUAUUAUCGUAAUCGAAAUUUCACACGGAUUCGCUGUUACUUUAUUUCUCGUUUAGAAAUUACAGAUUUAAGAUAGAAAAAAUACGUAAUAAACGAUACCUUUUCAGAGAGCCCAUGAUUUAUAUCACGUAAAAAACCACUUGGAAAAAAAACAAAAAAAUAUAUAAAGUAAAUAUUUUUUUUUCUUUCUUUGGGUUGCCAUUAUCUUUGAUUUUACACCCAUGUACGUUGUGAACUAACGCACGAUUUUUUUGUAGUGAAUCUAUCUUUAAAAUGAGGGAAAUCGAUAUAAGUGAAUAGGAAAAAAAUAUAAAGUUAUAUACACUAAGGGAUUGCGUCGUUUACGAUGACGAUUGAUAACCCUACACAAUUCGAGUUUUUUCAAUUGAAAAACUGUUUGUAUAGCUAGGCAUGAUGAUCUAACAUCGAAAUGUCGAUAACAAUGUGAUUACAAAGAUUUUUUUUCUUGUUUUUAUACCGCAAAUGCGACAAAACUAAUGAUAAACAAUGUUUAUCUAUGUAAAACGAUACUUUAAAAUAAAUUAAUUAUUAAAGAUGAUUGUCUUGUGUACAGUGCAGUUUGUUUCUUAUAGAGUGUAGUUUCAAAGAUUGCAUGCCCUUUUUUAAAAGCUUACAAUACGUUAGUUAUGGUUAUUAUAAAUAAAUUUUGAUGUGAUUAAUAUGUAAAAAAUCGUAAAUAAAAGUUUUGA